ACGGCUACCAAAGACAUCAGUUCCUCCAGUUCUUUCCACUACCAAACAACAAUGCAUCAGUUGGUCGUCGUCGUUAUCUUCGCUGUCGCAGCCUUUGCUGCUGAACUCCCAUACCCGAAACCAAACGCCGGUUAUGCUGCUCCCAGUUACGACAAGGAGCCACUGAUGCCGUACAAUUUCGGCUACGCUGUCAAUGAUGUCCCCACUUACAACAACUUCGCCCACCAAGAGACGGCUGACACCAAAGCCGUCACCGGAUCUUACCGAGUUGCCCUACCUGAUGGCCGCACUCAGAUUGUUUCCUACAGAGCCGAUGAAAAUGGUUACGUUGCUGAUGUCAAGUACCAAGGAGAAGCCAAAUACGACAGCAAACCUGCCUACCAACAAGCCUAUCAAUCCGCACCGGCCCCAAGCUACAAACCCUGAACAGCUCCUUAAGACGUCUUUCAUAUCGUGGUCCCUUUCACACACAUCAAUCCAUUAGAAAAAAAUUUCUUCCUGAUUAUAUUAAGAGUCAAAGGAAAUCAUGUGUAACAUAUGGCCUGAAACAGAUAGUAUACGAAAUCAUUAAUAAAAAUUUAAGCUUUA